AUGAAAGUACAUGUCUUCGGAAACCGUCCAUCACCCGCGGUUGCAGCAUAUGGUUUGCGCAAGACAGCUUUGAUUAGUUCUGGCGAGUUCGGCUUGGACGUGACAGACUUCAUCAUGAACAAUUUCUACGUAGAUGAUGGCCUCACAUCUGUUCCUACAGAAGAACAGGCAGUCACCUUGAUAGUUGGCACACAGUCAGCUUUGAUGAAAAAUGGUAAUUUGCGCCUUCACAAGAUUGCCUCGAACAGUAUGAAUGUGUUGAAUGAUUUACCCCGUGAAGAUUUAGCCAGAAAUCUAACAGAUAUAGACCUUUCCUGCAGUGAGAUUCCAUUACAACACAGCCUAGGACUCUGCUGGAAUAUAAAGAAUGACACUUUCACGUUUCAAGUAUCGAAAGAUGUGAUUUACUAUGAUUAA